AUGUCCUUCGACUGGUCACAAUUCAACUCUGGAGCUCAGUUCCACAGCUUCGACUUGGAAGAUUUUGCAGAUUUGUCGGACUUUCAAACUUUGCCGUCAACCCAGGCACAUUCAGACGUCGAGCUUCCUGAUCUUACCUUCAGCGACGGUUUUCAGACAGUAACUUUUGGCUGUAGCAAAACUUCGCAGCCGGCACCAAGUCAUCCUUCGUCGGAAGACAGUCCGUGCACGACGGCAAAAGACAACACGGCCGCUGAGAGUGCAGAAGGCCUGGUACAGGUUGUGAAGCAGAUUGUGCAGCAGCACUGUAAGCAGCGCUGUGAACAGCACGAUGAGCAGCAUUGUGAGCAGCUAUUUUCUCGACGGUUACAGGAACAUCUAAAGAGGCUUCAAAAGGAAGUAGACGACAAAAUCGGUAGUUUGGAAAAAUGGGCAGCGCAGGUAGAGGCACAAGUGAAGGCGUUAAAGGAGUUAUAUAAGUAG